CCUAAGCAGUCAUUGCAGAGAAUCUAUCGCGAAGAUAUCCAAGGUUCUCUAAUAUCCGCCAAAAUGCCUUCCAAGGAAGCUUCCCAGUUCGGAAUCAACAACAUCCCCUAUGGCAUCGCCAGCUCCGCAAAACACUCGUCACCGCAAUGCGUGACACGCAUCGGCGACAACGUCAUAUUCCUUGCCUCACUAUCCGCCUCCAGUACCUUCAAAGACAUAAGUGCGGACCUGCCUACCAUCUUCCAGAACUCCACCCUCAAUGCCUUCGCCUCUCUCCCCAAGCAGGUCCACUCCCAAGUGCGCGCCGCCAUCCAAGCCGCCUACAAAGACGGUAGCGACAUCUCCCACUCAGAAGACAUCAAAGACGUGACCCUCCACGUCCCCGUCCAGAUUGGAGAUUUCACCGACUUCUCCGCGUCGCGGGACCACGUCCUCAAUGCCGGAGAAGCCAUCCUCGGCGAGAGAUCGUAUCCGCCCUCAUUCCACAAGUACCCCAUUGGCUACGCCGGACGCUGUUCGUCCAUCGUACCUUCCGGAACCGCCAUCCAGCGCCCUCUGGGCCAGUUCAUCGAGAACUACGCAGCGGCGGAGAAGAACAUCAUCUUCGGUCCGUGCCGUGCGCUCGACUACGAACUGGAAGUCGGCGCGGUGGUCGGACGCCCGUUGGCAGGCGGGAAGGGACUACAUGCGAAAGACGCAGAGGAGCAUAUCUUCGGAUUGAUACUUGUGAACGACUGGAGUGCGCGAGACAUUCAGGGUUUGGAGAUGAAUCCGCUCGGCCCGUUCAACGGGAAGAACUUUGCGACCACGGUGUCGAGCUGGGUCGUCACGUCUGAGGCGCUGGAGGCGCACAAGGUCGCCGCGCCGGAGAGGAUGUCACCUGUGGCGGGGUUCUUGGAUGCGGAGAAUGCGGUGAAUUACAGAAUUGAUCUGGCGGCUGAGAUCACGCGGAACGGUGCGGUGUCGAACACUUGCAAGGUUGGGUUCGACACAAUGUACUGGACGUUCGCGCACAUGCUAGCUCAUCACACGGUUGGCGGGUGUGGACUCAGGACGGGUGACUUGAUUGCGAGUGGAACGGUUUCCGGGCAGGGCGACGAGGAACACGGUUGUCUGUUGGAGAUGACGAAGAAUGGGAAGGUGCCGUGGAAGUUGAGCGAUGGUGAUGAGUUGAGGUAUCUGGAAGAUGGCGACGAGGUGCGGUUCACGGGUAUUGUGGGCGACGAGAAGGAUGGGAUUGGGUUUGGUGAGUGCAUUGGAACGGUGCUACCAGCACGCCAGGCAUAG